UGACACCUACUUCCGCUUCCUUCCGUCUCCGGCGCCUGCUGCGUGGUUUAGCGGCGUUAGCUAGUUGGGUCACGCUGUUGGCCUGCUUUUUUAUUAAUAUACUGCUUUGGUUUGAUAUCCACCAUAAUGUCGUAUCACGAAGAGGAAGAAUACGAUCCUUACGCCUACUCAAAUGACUACGAUCUGCACACAGGUGACCCUAAAGCAGAUCUUGCGUAUGAGAGACAGUAUGAGCAGCAGACCUACCACGUCAUUCCAGAGGUGAUCAAGAACUUCCUCCAGUAUUUCCACAAAACCAUCUCCGACUUGAUCGACCAGAAGGUUUAUGAGCUGCAGUCCAGCCGGGUUACCAGCGAGAGCAUCGAGCAGAAGAUCUACGAGAUCCAAGAUGUCUACGAGAACAGCUGGAACAAGUUGACUGACCGUUUCUUCAAGACUUCGCCCUGGCCUGAGGCUGAAGGCAUCGCAUCGCUUGUUGGCAAUGACGCUGUGUUCCUCAUCCUCUAUAAGGAGCUCUACUACAGACACAUCUAUGCUAAAGUCAGCGGUGGACCUACCUUGGAGCAGAGGUUUGAGUCCUACUACAAUUACUGCAACCUCUUCAACUACAUCCUCAAUGCAGACGGUCCGGCACCUCUGGAGCUGCCAAACCAGUGGCUGUGGGACAUCAUUGAUGAGUUCAUCUACCAGUUCCAGUCCUUCAGUCAGUACCGAUGUAAAACGGCCAAAAAAUCGGAGGAGGAAAUUGAGUUCCUGAGGAGUAACCCGAAGAUCUGGAACGUCCACAGCGUCCUCAAUGUCCUCCACUCCCUGGUGGAUAAGAGCAACAUCAACCGACAGCUGGAGGUCUACACCAGCGGAGGGGACCCAGAGAGCGUGGCUGGGGAAUAUGGACGCCACUCUCUGUAUAAGAUGUUGGGGUACUUCAGCCUGGUUGGCCUGCUGAGGCUGCACUCUCUGCUGGGGGAUUAUUACCAGGCCAUUAAAGUCCUGGAGAACAUUGAGCUCAAUAAGAAGAGCAUGUAUUCCCGCGUGCCAGAGUGCCAGAUCACCACCUAUUACUACGUGGGGUUUGCCUACCUGAUGAUGCGCCGCUACCAGGACGCCAUUCGAGUGUUUGCCAACAUCCUUCUCUACAUCCAGAGGACGCGGAACAUGUUCCAGAGGUCGACGUAUAAAUAUGAGAUGAUCAAUAAGCAGAACGAGCAGAUGCACGGCCUCCUGGCCAUCGCUCUCACCAUGUACCCGAUGCGCAUCGAUGAGAGCAUCCACACCCAGCUGAGGGAGAAGUACGGAGACAAGAUGCUGCGUAUGCAGAAAGGAGAUCUGCAGGUGUUUGAAGAGCUCUUCAGCUUCGCCUGUCCUAAGUUCCUGUCUCCUGUGGUGCCAAACUACGACAACGUCCACCCCAACUACCACAAGGAGCCCUUCCAGCAGCAGCUGAAGGUCUUUGCUGAGGAGGUUCAGCAGCAGGCUCAACUCUCCACCAUCAGAAGUUUCUUGAAGCUGUACACCACCAUGCCAGUGGCCAAACUGGCAGGAUUCCUGGACAUGACGGAGCAGGAGUUCCGCAUCCAGCUGCUCGUCUUCAAGCACAAGAUGAAGAACCUGGUAUGGACCAGCGGCAUCUCUGCGCUGGAUGGAGAGUUCCAGUCUGCCUCUGAGGUGGACUUCUACAUCGAUAAGGACAUGAUCCACAUCGCCGACACCAAAGUUGCUCGUCGGUACGGAGACUUUUUCAUCAGACAGAUCCACAAGUUUGAGGAAUUAAACAGGACGUUGAAGAAAAUGCCGAUCACUGGCACCACGGCGGCAACAGGAGCUGCCACAAGCCGAUGAGUCUGAGGAAAGGAGAUGAAAAGAACCGAAUCUUCUUUGUUCCGAUUUGGUUUCAUCGUGAAAACUUUUCUAUGUGACAAUAAAGGAAAGUUAAGGAGU